AUGAUCAUAUACAAGUGCGGCCGGAGCCUGAUUGAGCCGUCCGCAGUGAGCGCGCCGAUGGAUUUCUUGACAUCGGAGGCCGAGUACCGCCGUGUGUGGCAGGUUUUCAAAAACUGGCUAUGCUCCGCGGUAUCCGCCAAGCUCCGAGCUUGCGUUCCAAGGUUCUUUUCCUUGAGCUACCGCGUGUUCAACCUUGGCAUCUGUAUUCCAACAAUGGAGUUCGAUGAAAGCUUCCUCAACAGGUGGGCAUUUGACGCACACUUCUCCAUCAACCGAGAGCAAGAGUCCGAUGAACUGGGUGGGUGUUUGGCAUUUCCCACCCGCAGUAUGGUCACGGCCUCGCUGACUUCAGAGCGGGAAGAAACUCGCGUGGAGUUCUCGCGUGAAGCCCUCGGCAAGGGGGCGGGGUUGCCGCCUGCUCGGGCAUCCUACGCCCUCGAGGGGUUACUUUGUGCCGUGGGAAAGGAAGCCGGGCUGGGUAAGACGCUGUUGGUGGACUGCGGGGUGGGCGUUCUCGCCGCCCGAGGAAGGGUGACAAAGUUCACCUUCGUUCAGCUCGCGCAAGCUCGGGCUCGGGAGACGACCUCUCUCCUCCGCUCCCUGCGGGAAGUCCAGGCCGACCGAUGCCUUCCCCCGGACGGCGUGGAGGGCGAAGAGGGCAUGCCCACCGACAAUGGCGUGGUCGCGGCAAUGAGAGCGUGGAACCCCGGAGCGUCAUCAGCAUCAUCAGCGGGGACAGGGGUAAGCGGGAGCCUCGCACUCCUAGGCGACGGCAACGACGGCGAUGUUCGUAGCAAGAGUGGUUUGUUGGGGAAGGACGCAACGGGCGCGGCGAAAAUCACGGCGGGUGAGAUCACCGGCAGCACGGUGAGAGCAAGGAUCGGCCUCGGGAGGAUAACGCUGCCAUUGAGGGGGUUCCGGGAUCGAGGAAGAACGCCCGUCGGAAUGGCAACAGGGGACAGCGCCGCUGCCACGGCUGCCACGGUCGUAUCCCCGCCUCCGCCGCCUCUUAUGGACGUCCAUGCCCGACUCCGAGGGUCCGUCCUUUCGGCCUCGCCGUCACCCAUGGCCCGCUUGCUUGCCGCAACAACGGCGCCGUCACCAUCAUCACCCUACGGGGACCGCGGCAUCGCGAACAGUAUUUUGCCCGAACGAAAACGAAGCAGAGCAGCGGCCGUCGAACCCGGAACUCGGCCAACCGGCCACCGUGCAUUGUGGCUUGAGCCCACAGGGGUGGAGCGACUGGGGAGCUACUACAGCCCGGCGGCGCAGCUCCUGUACCUCGAUGUCAGCCGCGGGUGUCUCGCUUGGCGAGAGAGCGCCAACACCGGCGGGUUCACUUGUAACGACGGAGGAAGCGAUAACGGAGGCGUAGGCGGAGGCUUAGGUUCGAGGAUUCUGUUACCCGCUACCCCCAAAUUGGCGAGAAGGGAUGCGGCAAGGGGGAAAUCCAGCUACACUGACAGCGCAAACGCACAAGGUUACGACGGAAUUGUGUCCAGCAUUACGCGUGCUGCGUCUCAAGCCGGGCCGAACGGCGUCAACGCCAAGGUUGUCACCCGGACAGGCUCGAGUGAGAAGGACGGGCAUGAGCUGGGGUUGCGCACGCCUCACAAGGAGUCGGAGUGCCACAAUCGACCGGCCUACGCUGGCGGUGGUGACGGUGGCUGUGGUCCAGGCGUCCCGAGCUCAAGCAAAGCGUGCGACAUGUCACGGCCGCACGACAGCAGCCACGACAGUCGAAACGACGGCCACGAAGGACGAAGCGAAACAUUGAUGUCGUCCUCGCCACCGGACGCGAUAGCCGCAGGGGCGGGGGUGCAGCCUCCGGAACUACCAUCGGAGGGCAACAACAAUACGGUUGGGCCGUUGGUGACCGAAUCGUUACCUGGGCGGGAAAAGGCGUCGGACCGUAGCUGUCCACCAAGGGCGGGCCAGGAAGGGGCGCUGGCGGGGUGCGAGGUAGCUCAUCCACCCCGUUCGCCAUCGCCGCCCGUCAAACGCAGACAGUCACCGCCGGCUGUUCUGUCCAAAAUUCGUCUACGUCUUGACAACGGGACGGACCAGCGAGACGAUGACCGACUACCGUGUCCGGGAGAGGGUUGCGGAAGUAUGGAAGGAGAGCGGGUAGAGUUGUGGAUGGGGCAGCGGUCUGAUGGGAACGGCGACGGCGGCGGUUGGGCUGUUGCUGGUGCCGUGCAUGCGGCCAACCCUGGGUUGGAGGUUUCUGACGCCACCGGGAGGCGACAGGCUGGAUUUGCAAGGUGCCGAGGAGUUAUUGGAUCCUCUGUAUGUUUAGUAUGCGUGCGAUAUCACCACUAUAUCCAGUGCGACCCCACGCUCGCGGAGAGUGUAACGGUGCUGCAGCCGCCUUGGCAGGCCGGCAUCGUCAGGAAAGUGAUACACGGCUUAUCAGGGCGCGGUGGUGGUGGUGGUGGUUGUGGUGGUUGCAACACGAGCGGCUGUCACACCGGCACAUCCAGAGGACGGGACGUAGAAAAAAGCAACGACGAGGAAGAUACUAGCUCGGAGAGCGACAAUGCUGGUGCCGGUGUCUGGGGCAUCGGGGGUGGGAGGUACAGCAGGCCAGGUGGCAAAGGGGUAGAAGGAACGGGAACGGAGAACGUUCCCACGAAGGACGCCCAAGAUGGUGGAGAAGGAGAAGGAGAAGAAGAAGAGGGAGAGGAAGGAGAUCUGUUCGAGGUUCACGUCGAGGGCCCUUCCCCCCUCGCCAAGACUGCUCAGCACAAAGUCCCGCCCCUCGCCGUGACAAGCGGCCGUGAUCAUCCCCCACAAAGCCCGACAACAAACAGCAGCGGUGGACGGGGCGUUGGCGGCGGGGCUUCCGUCUUCAGCAGCAGGGUCAACCGUGCCGCGGACACCGCCAAACGGUUGAGGGCUCGAACGCCGAGGGGAGUGGUUGGGCCGGGGCCGGGGGAGGUCAGGAUGCCGGAACUUCCCGGUGGCUGGAAGGCAGGAGUGGAGGCUCGCCUGGAAGAGACAUGCGAAUCAUUCCGAUCGAGCAUCCGGAGGGCGGUGCUGAACUACGUCCUCUUAGACGCGGGCCAACGAGAUCGCCUAGGCAUACCAGCCGUGCCUCCAGGCUUUGCUAGCGAAGGGUGGGGCUGGGGUAAAGGGAGGGGUAUCCACAAGAGCCCUCCGGAAUGGCGGAGGCGCUAUGUGCGGGCGAGGGAGGCCCUGAACAUGGGACAGAUCACGGGGUCCCCGGCGCUGGUCGCCGCUCAGGCGUUGUUGGCCACGUGCCGCGGGACUCGGCUGCUGAGGCUUCCGAAAUCAGCCGCGGAAAUCCAGGCUUCCAGCUGGUCGGCAAUGACCGCGGAAGAGUUCCGCUCAUCGCAGCUGAGUCACCUCAGCAGAAAAGCCAGACGGGUUCGGCGGCUGUUGUACCCGGGCUUGUCGGAGGCCCUCAAGGCUCAGCUCGGCGUCGGCUCGAACGGAACAAGAGCGACAUCUGCAGAGCUGGCAACACGCGCGAAGCCUUCACCGCCGGACGGGCACGUUCGAAGGUAUCUCGCGGCCGUGAACGUAAUGACGGCCAGCAUCCUCCGAGGUAUGGUUGAGACGGCCAUCUCGGACCUUCAGGCCUUCUUUCGUAUCCAUGCUGCCGUCCAUGCCAACAACAACGAUGACGACAACGAUGGCAAAGACGAGAACAACAACAGAAACUGCAGCAGCGACGCCACGGGGGUUGAUGCUUCUAUGUCGAAACGACCAUUCCUAUACCUGGCGGGGUCUGGCGGGGGCGACCGCGGCAGGGGCGAGGCGUGUUACUGUCCGCCAAUUUUCAAGGUGAUUCGAGAGGUGGUACUGUGCUUCGCCGACGUCCCGAGGGUGGUCUACGACUGUAGAACCGCCGGCGACCAAGCGUCUGGCGGGUACCACCUCGUGAACCCAUCAGCCCCGGCAGGGGUGAGGGCCGCCGUUUGUGAGUCGGACACAUGCGGGGGUGCUGCUGCGGGCGCCGGCACCGCUGGCAAUGUAGCUGGAGCAAGAGAUACCCUUGGUCCUGCCUCUGGUGCAUCGGAUGGGAAUACCGACCAUUCCAUCAACCUCGAGAACGGCUCCAACAACAACAAGACACGAAAACACACGUCGACGACCAUAUCCGCGAGGUCUUCUAUCGGAGUGAACGCUCCAUCGAAGCGAAUAUCUCUAUACUCGGAGCCCGAUUCUAGCCCCUCGGACGGACUGUCAUCUUGUGACCCCACAAGCGACGACGGCGAUGAAGACAGUAGUUCGAAAUGCGGCGACGAUUCGUCGGGCACUGACUCGGACGCCGAUUCCUUGGGGCCGCUAAGAGGUUUCCGGAGGGAAUUAACGAUCAAGCUUUCCACGCUGGAAAAAGGUGCUGGAUCACACAGCGGCGGUGGCGGGAAGUUGACAGAGGCCAUCGACAGCGCAGGGGAACCGUCCAAGUUGACGGUGCUGUCCCCGUCGGAGCCCAUGGUCGAGAACGCCGUCAAGGAAAUUUUGGCUGUACUGAGGAAGGCAUCAUCUGAGGCCAGGGCUGCCUGCCGGAUAUUCCGACCGUUCGAGAGCCUGCUGCAAGAGGCCGCUGUGUCGCUUGCCCCCAAGACAGCGGUGGAGGCAGCUGGCGUCUCGGAAAAGGACCUGUCGGGCCUGGCGUCCGACUUGAGAAGAUAUAAAAGCACGGCGGCGGUGUUAAGAACUGGCGGUGAUGCCGCACCGGUGGAACUCCCCGGGGGGAUCGUUGUCGUGGAUUGUCAAAAAACUUCGGAGAAGCUGCUUCAGGUCGCCGGUGAUCUUUGCAAGGGCGUGCUUCAGCGUGUGACUUCCACACUAAACAAGCUAACGAGUGGUGUGACGAAGCAGGCUCGAUCGGCUAUCCUCAGACUCGGCAAAAGGCCCAGGUCCACGGAGGAAAUGGUGGAGGCCAUUGAGUGCCUGCGAACGAUGCGAACGGAAGAACAGGUGAUCAUCGCGGUUACCGGGGUUCACCGAGUCAUGGGCGAACUGUCCACAGCCACGGACAAGGCAGAGAAAGCCAUCGCAGAGGGGAAAGCGCAGCUGCAGAAGAACGUAGAAAAGGCGAAGCGGAGGGUGGAGGGGAACGUGGAUUCGACGAAGAUGAGGAUCGCCGAGUUCAUCGACAGCGACGCCCGUCCGCGCGAGAUGUCCGAAACCGCUGCGUCAAUAUCGAAGGAGCUUGCCGGACUCAAGGCUCAAGCCGUGGACAUCGGAGAGGAGGAAGCCAAGGUGGACGGUCACACGAGCGGGGCUCUCGUCGCUUUGGCGGAGAAGGUGAUCGUUUCAUUUCAGCCUUAUGCCGACAUCUGGAGUUUGGUCGGGUCGGUCGGUCCGUUCAUCACAACCGUCAUGCGGGCUCCAGUGACGACGCUGAACCCAGAAGAGAUAACGGCGGAGCACGCCUCAAUCAAGCAGAGGUGGUCGAAGUUCUCAUUUCUUGCGAACACAAGCCCGGUCAAGUGCGUACUGUUUCUUCUCUCGAACUGCUCCGACCCUUCUUUUAGAUUGGAAGCCCUGAUAAAGAUCAUGGAGGCGAGGUCCCAGGCGACCCCGACCAAAGCCGCGCAAGAGUCGCUGCGCCUCCUGGCUGCCCUGGAGAAAGACAUUCCGAUCAUAAAGGCUCUCACCAACCCGCGCCUCAAGGACCGCCAUUGGUGGCAGAUUUCAGCCUUGGCGGGGGUGACGGUGAGCGUGGAACAUCCCACGACCUUGCAACAGUUGAAUGAGCUCGACGUGUUGACGGACAUCAAGGCCGACGCGAUCCUUCUUACGUCGACCAAACAACUGAUCAUUUUCAACAUGCUGAACAGUGACGCCGACGCGGAGCAUGCCCUGGAGAAGAGCACGGCCGAGGUUGACCGCUUCGUCAGUGAAGAGGCUGUGCUGCGAAUAUCGCUCGAAAAGGCUUCCGGCGACGGUGAAGAUGUUGCCGGUGUUGAAAAGAAGAGCCCCGCCGCCGACGGUGAACCUGAAGGAGAAAAAGGAGGAAGGGUUGCAGGCGCGGCAGAGGAAGGGAAGCAAUCGGGCGUUGUGGUUGAGAGGCUCGACGAGGACCACCUCCAGAGAAUACUCGGGCAGGUGCGGUCGUGUGCGGUCGAUCACUGGCGCAAGGUCAUCGCGGACAUCAAACUGACUGAUGCUGCGAAAGCGGUUGCUUCUGCUGAUGCCGCCGCCGCUGCAGCGACGGAAGGGUCCGACCAGAUCGAAGGACGGGCAUCGCCCGGAGUAGUCGAUGCCCUAGACACGUAA